GCCGUCAUGGCGUCUCCUCCUCCCGCGUCGCCGCCGACGCCGGUGCAGAUCCGGGAGGCGAACGCGCACCUGGCGGCGCUGCACGGGCGCGUGGCCGAGCUGGAGGCGCGCCUGGCCGCCGCCGAGGAGACCGUGCGGGGCCAGGCCCAGAGUCUCAUACGGAAGGACGGGGAGACCCGCAGGGCCAUGGACGAGCUGAGCCGAGAGAAGGGCAGGGAAAUUGCUGCCCUGGAGGAGAAACUCCGCUCAUCCGAAGACCGUGUGCAGGAGCUCCUGGGCGUCAUCCGGGAGAAGGAGGGCCUGAUCCUGCGCCUCCGUCACCGCAGCCGCCUGCUGGGCGAGAUCUGCCGCUGCCGGCCCGUGCUGGACACCCUCCUAGCCCAGAUGUCCGAAGGGGAGAGGCUGGGGCCCGACAGCAGCGGCAGCUCCCCGGACUCCAGCGGCCUCUUGCCAGACUCGAACUGCGUCCCGGACGGCGCCAGAGACUUCUCCCUAGGCGACGACCCCCAGGAUUCGGACAAAGCUCUUUUUGGGACGACGGUCUGAGCGCGGGUGCGAGUCACUGUUUGGGGGGUCUGGAAUGGGAUAGGGGGGGUCCGGCCCCUGUUGAAGGCGGACAUUGUGGAAUUAUUUGCACCCUCCUGGCAUCACCGGUUCGCCCUCAGGCCUCAUCCUGCACCUAAAGACAAAUUGCUUGAGGACUAGCGACUUGACUUCUCUCUCCCCUUCCCGUCGGCGGAUGAAUGAGCGUUCCUGGAAAGCGGGGGGGUUGGAGAAGCCUGCUGGAUCAGGCCAAAUCGGCGGCUCACUUGCUCCCGCAGCCUCUUCUCACAGGAUGAUGGCCAUUUGGGAAGCCCGGAUCUGAGUGCGAAUGCUGGAGAUUCAGAAGCAUCGCUGCCCCUGGAGGGCAGAGCAGAGCCGUCCUGGCUUAGGAGCCAUAUAGAGAGCCCUCUUCUCCCCUUCCUUCCACGGGGGGGGGGUCUCCUGUGGCAGCGAGUUCCACAGGUUAACCGGGUCACUUUUGUGUAUUUCUCGGCAGCCGUGGCUCACAGGGCAGAGUGCAGUAAUUCUGGGGUGUUCUGGGGACGAGGGGGGGGGGACGACUGCCUCCCUAGGGACCGCCUCGCAGGGGUGAGUGGGGGGCCUGAUGCUGAUUCUGCACCACCAGCACCAAAUAUUUUUAAGGGAAGGGAUCUUUUGCUCGAACUCGCAUCCCUAAGAGUCUCCUGAGCUAUUCCGACCUAGAAAUACAGGAACCUGAUCUCGCUGUGCAACCUUAUUUUCCAGGACCGAGUGGGGGGGCCGUUACAGUCCCAGUGGCAGCUCUCCCCCCCCCCCCCCAGUUCUACCUCAGAUAAGUGCAGGGAGCAAGUGCCAGCUAUUGGGUCAGAGCACCUGCUUGGCGUGCAGAAGGUGCCCAGCGCGCCUGUUUAAAAAAGACCACAAGGACUGGAGGAGGCUACUUUCUUACGUUCCUCUCGCAGCCUUUAUUGAGAGCCAUGAGGUCUAGAAGCUUGGUUUUAGUUUUAAAAAGAGGGUGGGGACGGACGGACGCGUGCCCUGCAUGCAGAACGUCCCAGGCUCAACCCCCUCCAACUUGAUGCAAGGCCAUUUCACGUGUCCUGGUUUGAACCAGCGAGACCAUGAGAUCUGGAAACUUUGUGCUGGGCUUCUGGUAUCAGUGCAGCAUUCUAGAUUCCUAUUCACCCUCUUCUAAUGGGAGAUAACGUUCCUUUCCCCCCCCCAAAGACGUGUCUUAACAGGAAAGAAGGGCCUUCAAUCGGCCCUUCGGUUCCGAACAAUGAGGACUAGCUUUGUUUCUUUUUAAGGACCUCAAGGGCUCCCGGCCUUCGGCUGCCGGUCCGUGCUAGCAAUACUGACUUGGAUGGUGGUGGAUUCUCUUCCCUUGGCCAUCUGUCAGGGAUUCUUUCGCUUCCAUUCCAUUCCUAGGGAGUUGGGCUAGAUGACCACUGGGAUCCCCUUCCAACUUCCGUGCUUUUAUGGCUCCAUUUCUGUUUUUUGUACCCAUUUCCUUGACUUACUCAUCAACCAAGAGUUCGAGAGGCAGACUGUGUUCUUAUAGCCAUGAGCGCAGAAUCAGCCCAUUUCUGCCCCACGACUGUUACCACGUUCCCAGGUCAAACUUGUGCGCCUGGCUUCACUUUCAAGUGCCUAUAACUGGGGAUUUUGUUACACCGGAAACCUCUAUUUAAAACUGUUCCUCUUCCGUUAGAGCCAAAUAAUAAACCUAUUUUGGUAUACUCGG